AGAUUGAGACACACAGAGGCAGAGAGCGAGAGAGAAGGUCCUGUCUGGCCAGUAUUGAGCCUUGCUGCGUGUUGUUGCCUGCCUGCCGGAGCAAGGACACUUGUGAGCCGGUUCAGAGAGUUUCAGUUCAGUCAGCGAGUGACAAGUUGAGGAUGAUGGCUGAGGGACGCUUUGCCAGCCUACCCAGGUCCCUCAACACACAGCAUGCCCUAGGAGGAGGCCCCGCCCGGCCGGGGGAGCCCAGGGGGCCACUGGGUGUGCCUGGGGCCAGCCCAAUGACCUCCAGGAGGCUCCAGGCAUCCCUCACCUCCUCCAUGGAGCUCAUCAGUUCCUCCAGAAACGGAACUAAUUCAGGACAGGGCAGUGGGCAAUCAGAGCUGCCCAAUGCCGCCUACCACGCAGUCUCCAUUCACGGAACUCUGCCUCGACGCAAGAGAGGCGGGGCUAAUGAUAACCAUGCCCAAGGCCACUACACAUGGGACCCACGAGCCAAUCAAUCCAACUCCCACGUUCACACGCCAUUGGUUCCAGCGCACGUUCGUCAACCCAUGUCAUCGCAAUUCGUCAACAAUGCUAAUGACGACUUCAAGGGUUACAGGGACUCCCCCGCCGGCCUGGACGCCACCUUGGACUAUGUCAAGUUCUCAAGGGACCAGUUCAUCAUGGACGGUGGUCCUCCGGAGAAGCUUCACAGGGAGCUUGAGGAAGAGCUAAAGACGAACAGUGAGGAGCCCAGGAGUCAUGCCUGGUACCACGGGUCCAUCCCCAGACAGGUGGCAGAGAACCUAGUCCAGCGCGAUGGAGAUUUCCUGGUCCGUGAUUCGCUAUCCAGUCCAGGCUGCUACGUUCUGACCAGCCAGUGGCGUAAUACCGCUCAGCACUUUAAAAUCAAUAAAAAGGUGGUCAUGUUGAACGAGGCCUACUCUAGAGUGCAAUACAGUGUUGAGAGGGAGGGCUUUGACAGCGUGCCCGCCCUCAUACGAUACUAUGUGGGCAACAGGAAGCCCGUCUCCCAGGUGGUGGGAGCCAUUGUUUUCCAACCAAUCAACAGAGGGCUGCCACUGCGCUGCCUGGAAGAGAAGUACGGAUUGGCCACCAACCCGCAGGAGGCGAGGCUCACCCUGCCUGAGAAGCGGAGUCAGAAGCGCUUAAGCCUCAACAUCACCAAUGGGCAAGCGCAAGACCACGUGCAUGUCGUGCACGACAACUCACACACACAGUGCAAUGGCAUGGGUCGAGGGAACCAGCUCAGGUCAGUGUACACACCCACACACAUACACACAGACAACACACACACACACACAGACACACACUGUCCUUUUAUUGCUGGCUGCAACACAACAGAACAAUAAAAGCUCAGCGCACACAAGCAGGAAGGCAGACAUAAACAAACACACACAGAUGCACACACAUUCUAAAACACACACUGCAGGCCAAGAUAUACUCCCUUUGCUACUCUUUUAAUUUAUCUGAGUGCUACAAUUCUACUUAGAUUUUAUGAUCAAGACAGUUGGAGUCAUUUUCCGUAGUUCAUUGCUUAUUUAACAUUGUGGUAGAAAAUAAUGAAGGUUUAAAAGGAUAUUUGCCAAAUAUUAGGAUAUAUUAGU